UGUCAGUCACCAUGGUGGCACAAAGGAGCAAGCCAUGGAUGUUCACUCUUCUUAUUAAAUGAACUGAAAGCACCUUUUAACAUAUUUUGGGAUUUUAACACCAUAAUCAAGUGAACAUAAAGAGACAUGAUUUCAUCAAUUUUAUUGGAAACCAGUAUUUUUUUUCUUCAUUUAGAGGUAAUGCUGGCGAUUGUAGACUAGUCUUCCCGGCUUAAAACCCCUUUUAAAAUUAUUAUUAAGAUGAGUUUUAAUUUGUUUUUUUAAGUGAUCACAGAACCACUUUUUUCCGAUUUUCCAGACAGAACAUUACAGCGAACAAGUCAGAAGGAAACGUCUCCUGGCAGAUUCCGAGUUUGUCCUCUGGGAUUGGAAUCGAAAUAGAAAAGAAACCCCGGCGCUCUCCGUGGCCUGGGGACAGAUAAUCUUGUUGUGGAUUUUUAAAAACGUUUUUAGUGAGUAAAAAGAUUGGAAAAUAGGACUGGAUAGGUGUCGUCUGAAUUUAUUAGAACUACACGAUCCAUUUUUUUUAUCUAAGAAUUUUGUAUUCUUUACGAUGAGAAUGGCUUCCUACGUGGACAACAGUUUCAGACAGGCGGUGAUGAAAAACCCGGCCGAACGGACGCAACAGGAUUUGGAAAUAGUGUAUUCGUACCUACAUGGAAUGGAAGCAUUGUCUAACCUAAGAGAACAUCAGCUAAGGUUAAUGUGUGAAACUGUAAGAUAUGAAAGACACGAAGCAAACGAAGUGCUAUACUACCCGGAUGACAUUGGUACCUGUUGGUAUAUCCUACUGUCUGGUUCAGUAUUCAUCAAAGAAUCCAUGUUUUUGCCAAGAAGCAGUUUUGGCAAGCGCUCUGCAGGAAGCCUUAGUAGACGCGGUUGUGAAUGCAUUGUGUUGGAGCCUUCUGAAAUGAUUGUGGUGGACUAUAUGGAUGAAAAUGAGGAAUAUUUUCAGCGGCAAGCAUCUCACAGGCAGUCUCGCAGGAGAUUUCGGAAAAUUAACCCGAAAGGAGAGAGACAAACAAUUAUUGACACAGUGGAUCCAUACCCUGUUGGGAAGCCGCCGUUACCUAGAGGAUACCACACGGAAUGCACUAAACCUCAGCUCCCUGCAGAUUUCACCAAGCUCCACAUCACUGACAGCCUCCAUCCGCAGGUGAUGCACGUGUCCUCCAGUCAUUCAGGAUGUAGCAUUACAAGCGACUCUGGGAGUAGCAGUCUAUCCGAUAUUUACCAGGCCACAGAGAGCGAGGCCGGGGAGAUGGAUCUGAGUGGGCUGCCCGAAACAGCAGUGGACUCUGAGGAGGAUGACGAUGAGGAGGAUAUUGAACGUGCUUCAGACCCUCUGAUGAGUCGGGAUAUUGUCCGUGACUGCCUUGAGAAGGACCCCAUGGACCGGACUGACGAUGACAUUGAACAAUUACUGGAAUUCAUGCAUCAGCUGCCUGCAUUUGCCAACAUGACAAUGUCCGUGCGGAGAGAGCUGUGUGCGGUGAUGGUGUUUGCAGUGGUAGAGCGAGCCGGAACAAUAGUGCUCAAUGACGGGGAAGAGCUGGACUCGUGGUCAGUGAUUUUGAAUGGGUCUGUGGAAGUGACGUACCACGAUGGGCAUACAGAGAUCCUGUGUAUGGGGAACAGCUUUGGGGUUUCCCCUACAAUGGAGAAAGAGUUCAUGAAAGGAGUGAUGAGAACCAAAGUGGAUGAUUGCCAGUUUGUUUGCAUAGCCCAGCAGGAAUACUGCUGCAUUCUCAAUCAGGUAGAGAAGAACAUGCAGAAGGUAGAGGAGGAGGGAGAGAUUGUGAUGGUGAAGGAGCACCGGGAGCUUGAUCGCACUGGGACCAGGAAAGGACACAUUGUCAUCAAGGGGACAACAGAAAGGCUGACAAUGCAUCUGGUUGAGGAGCACUCUGUGGUGGAUCCCACAUUCAUUGAAGACUUUCUCCUGACAUACAGGAUCUUUCUCUCCAGCCCAAUGAUUGUAGGCAAGAAGCUGCUGGAGUGGUUUAAUGACCCUAGCCUCAGGGACAAGGUUACACGGGUAGUGUUGCUGUGGGUAAACAAUCACUUCAAUGACUUUGAAGGAGACCCCGCCAUGACUCACUUUCUUGAAGAAUUUGAAAACAAUUUAGAAAGAGAGAAAAUGUGUGGACAUCUAAGACUGUUAAAUAUUGCCUGUGCUGCUAAAGCCAAACGAAGACUAGUAACCCUAACUAAACCUUCCAGGGAGGCCCCUUUGCCCUUCACCCUUUUGGGAGGGUCAGAGAAACGGUUUGGAAUCUUCAUAGAUAGUGUAGAAACUGGGAGCAAAGCUGCUGAAGCUGGAAUAAAACGUGGUGACCAGGUUUCUUUUAACUUUUCAUUCAGUUCUGCUAGAAAAUGCAGUUCAGCUCUAAAGGACCUGGUUAAAACACCCUGUGCUCUAAAAUUGGCAUACAUUGGAGACCUGAUGACAAGACCAAUAUUACCAGAUUGCACCUGCUGCUGUCAAGGCCUGGAUCAAUUUUUAGUUUUAAAUGCAGCAGGCACAGGGCUGCCAAGAAUAACCUCUGAGAUCAGCGUGAUAGAUUUGGUGCCAUCUCUCACUGAAAAAGAAACCCCAGAAGCCAGCAUUGUGCAGUCUGUGACAACUUUGUUGGUUAUUGUUACAGUAUUUAAAGAGCUUUUAGCAAGGCCAGCUGAGGAAAAGAAGAAUGGUGCUCCCCAUCUACCCAAGAUUGGUGAUAUUAAAAAAACAAGUCGCUACUCAAUCCCGGACCUGGCUGUGGAUGUUGAGCAGGUGAUCGGCCUCGAAAAAGCCAACAAGAAGGCUAAGGCCAACACUGUAGGAGGAAGGAACAAGCUGAAGAAAAUACUUGACAAGACUCGCAUCAGCAUUCUACCCCAGAAACCAUACAAUGACAUUGGCCUUGGCCACUCUCAGGAUGACAGCAUCGUGGGGCUAAGGCAGUCAAAGCACAUCCCCACUACAUUGCCUGUGAGUGGGACCUUAUCUUCCAGCAACCCUGAUCUGUUACAGUCUCAUCACCGCAUUCUGGAUUUCAACAAUCCUCCAGAUUUACCAGACCAGGUCCUGCGGGUUUUCAAGGCAGACCAGCAGAGCCGCUAUAUCAUAAUCAGCAAAGACACAACUGCCAUGGAAGUCGUGGUCCAAGCUAUCCGGGAGUUUGCACUGACCGCAGCCCCCGAGGCCUACUCUCUAUGUGAAGUCUCAGUCACCCCAGAAGGUGUCAUCAAGCAAAGGCGGCUUCCGGAUCAGCUCUCCAAACUGGCAGACAGAAUACAGCUAAGUGGAAGGUAUUACCUGAAGAACAACAUGGAGACGGAGACUCUGUGCUCAGACGAGGAUGCCCAGGACCUGCUGCGGGAGAGCCAGAUUUCGGUGCUGCAGCUCAGCACAGUGGAAGUGGCCACACAGCUCUCCAUGAGGAACUUUGAGCUGUUCCGCAACAUCGAGCCCACCGAGUACAUGGACGACCUUUUCAAGCUCAAGUCCAAGACCGGCUCGGCGAACCUCAAGAAGUUCGAGGAGGUCAUCAACCAGGAAACGUUCUGGGUGGCCACGGAGAUCGUGAGGGAACAAAACCAGCUCAAGAGGAUGAAGAUCAUCAAGCACUUCAUCAAGAUCGCCCUGCACUGCAGAGAGUGCAAGAACUUCAACUCCAUGUUUGCAAUCAUCAGUGGAUUAAACUUGGCUCCAGUAUCAAGGUUGCGUGGUACCUGGGAGAAGCUUCCUAGUAAAUAUGAGAAGCUGUUUCAAGACCUGCAGGAUCUCUUUGACCCCUCCAGGAACAUGGCAAAAUAUCGCAAUGUCCUCAACAGCCAGAAUCUGCAGCCUCCCAUUAUUCCUCUCUUUCCUGUCAUAAAAAAGGAUCUCACAUUCCUGCAUGAAGGCAAUGACUCCAAAGUGGAUGGUUUGGUGAAUUUUGAGAAGCUAAGAAUGAUAGCAAAAGAGAUACGUCAUGUUGGCCGAAUGGCUUCUGUUAACAUGGAUCCUGCUCUGAUGUUCAGGACGAGGAAGAAGAAAUGGAGGAGUCUUGGAUCUCUCAGCCAGGGAACCACCAACUCUGCCGUGUUGGAUGUGGUCCAGACCGGAGGGCACAAAAAACGUGUGCGUCGAAGCUCUUUCCUCAAUGCGAAGAAGCUGUACGAGGAUGCCCAGAUGGCCCGCAAGGUCAAGCAAUACCUGUCAAACCUGAUUCUGGAUACAAAUGAAGAAAACCUUCAGACCAUCUCCUUGCAGUGUGAGCCUUCCACCAACACAUUGCCUAAGUGUGGAGACAAAAAGGGUGGGAAGCCAGACACAUCUCCUGUAGUUCCCAGAGCUGUAAGUCAGCAGAAACAGCAGCAGCAUCAACAGAAAGGAAAUCAGGCACUUCAGGUCCCUGCUGUUUCACUCUAUCCUUCUCGCAAGAAAGUACCGGUCAAGGAUCUACCACCAUUUGGUACCAGUUCACCUCAAGCCUUGAAGAAAAUCCUGGCCUUGUCAGAAGAAGUAGGUGACCGACAUAAAAAGCAACCAGAGGACACCAUAUCAAAUGCUUCUUCCCCUCCCACAUCCCCUCAAAGCUCACCUAGGAAGGGUGGCAGUCAGCUGAGAUCUCACGGCUCCAGGCAGUCAGACCUAACCGGCUCCUCCUUUUUCCCGGGAAGUGAGAACAGUAACAGGAAUAACAAUGCACUGCGGACCUAUGGGAUAGGUUAUACGUUGGCGCCAAGUGGAACUGUGGACAAUUUUUCAGAUUCAGGUCAUAGUGAAAUUUCAUCCCGUUCCAGUAUUGUUAGUAACUCUUCCUUUGACUUGAUGCCGGGUCCCAUGCAUGACGACAAGAGACAGAGGCACUCUGUCAGUGUUGUGGAUUCCAGCCUGGGUGUGGGGAAAAUGGAAAGAAGAGCCACUAUAGAUCCUGAUCAAUACAGCCUUGGUUCAUAUGCAUUGAUGCAAGAGGGACGGAAUCUGUAUCCUGGUGCUACAGUCCUCUCUUCCCCGAGUUCAGAAGAACUUACCCAGGACCAGGGGGACCGAGCCUCGCUUGAUGCAGCAGACAGCGGUCGAGGAAGCUGGACUUCAUGUUCAAGUGGAUCACAUGACAAUAUACAAACCAUACAACACCAGAGGAGCUGGGAAACGCUGGCUUUUGGGCAUCCUCAUUUUGACAACUUGGCAGAAGGGGCUGGACUUUGGGCCUCAGGCUGUCAAAUGGACCAGAUGAUGUACUCAGACCCCAGCUCUAAGCUGAGCCGAAACAGCCAGGAUCACGGACAAGGCAGAGGGAGCUGGGCAUCCUCCACCGGCUACUGGGGGGAAGACUCUGAGGGGGACACUGGAACAAUAAAGAGGAGGGGUGGGAAAGAUGUUAACGCUGAUGCUGAAACAAGCAGCAUUACAACUUACAGUGAAGACACAGAAAUACACAGUAGACCUGGUCAUAUAACUGUGCCAUCUGGCACAGCAAAAAGUCUUAUUGCACGGAAGGAAGGCAGGUAUCGUGAACCUCCACCGACACCGCCAGGCUAUACUGCAUUGACAAUUUCAGACUUUCCAGAAGGCCAGGCACACCCAGGAAGGAAGCCUCCCGAUUACAAUGUAGCACUACAGCGGUCACGGAUGGUGACACGCCCCAGUGACUCUCAACAAACGCACAGUCACCCAGGCACCAGGCCAGGGAGCCGACCACAAUGGCACAAACCAAACGAAGCAGACCCACGGCUAUCUCGCUUCCAGUCCCAAGGGUUCUCGGCUGAGGAGGAGGAUGAUGAUGAACAGGUUUCUGCAGUCUGACAGCCCCCCUCUUGGAUAUUGUUUCCAGUGAUGCAAGCCACCCAAUUGGAGAGCACAACAGGCACUGGAGCCCCGGACCUCCUUCAUUAGUUUGGUGGAUGCCACUCGCCUCCUUCCCUGCCUUAAAGCAGCAUGGGGCAUUGUGUUCCCCUGCAUGUGAAAUACUGUGAAGAAAAUGCCUUGGCACUUUGGAAAACUGUGUCGCUUGAAAAUGAACAGCGCAGUAAGAAAACAAACUACCACUGUCACUGUCCACAAGGCCCAUUCCAAGACCCCCCUCCCUGUUUACACUUCACCAAAAUUCAUCACGCUUUGGCUGCACUUUUUGUAAACAUUCUCUGCCUAUAAUGGUUUUACAGCUUCCUCUGAGAUUUUUUUAAAUGGUGGCACUCUGAAUCAAGACAAGGUCAUGCUAUUGGCACAAACUACAAACAAGGACACAGUGAUUAUCAUUCUGAUUUUAACUAGUUUUUUUAUGUUAGUUUUAUGUGUUGUGCUUAGAGAACAAAUGUGUUUAAGUCUCCAUAAUACAGUAUUAUUUUACACAUUAAGUUAUAUAUUUUUUAAUUUUAGGGUUUCUUCUUUGUUGUAAUAUUAUAAAUAAACUGGAUGAUAUUGCAGUGAAAGGCAGCUUCAGAUCUUGCAUCAAAACUAGCUAAAAUGUAGCUUUUUAAUUCUUGUGUACUAUGUCAGAUUAAGGAGCAAACAAGUCUUUUCUUAGGACAGAUUCAGUACUGUGUAACAGUGUUUGCAAUGCUGAACUGAUAGUUGCUACAGUAGACCAAGCUGCAUGUCAAAUAAAGGCUGGCAUAAAACAACCUGCUCUCUGCUGCUAUUUAACCCCUGUUUUUAAUGACUGAAGUACAACAGAAUUUGUGUUGUGUUGUCGUUGCACAGACUCCAGUAAAACUGAAGGCUGCCAAUGUGGUUAGUACUCAAAUGUGAGGAACUGCUAGUCUUGUAAUUUUAUUAUUAUUAUUAUUAUCUCAGCUGAUCAUAUUGAUCAGUAGGUGAAGUUAUAGAUUCAACUAAAAAGAGAUUGCAGUGUUUUUUCACUGUAUUGUAUAACAUCAGUGCUUUAUUUAAUGUUUUGCUCUCCCAAGAAAUCAUGUAUUUUUUUUGCUUUUUCACUUUGCUGAUAUAUCAAAUUGUUAAUUAUGCAUUUGUAAUUUAACAGUAAUAUGCAUUAAUCAGUUUCAUUAUAUAGUUGAUGGAGACUGUGUGCAUAUAGGCAGGCAUAAUACUAGUUCUAAUACAAGUUGCACAAAAACAUAUAAGCAUUAGGUAAUUGUAGUACAUAGAACUGCUAAUGUCAGUUCGAUCUGUGAUGUCAAGUGCAAAAUGUACAUUUAACUGGUGGUUUCCUCAUACUUUUGAUACUACUUGUACCUGUAUGUCUUUUAGAAAGACAAUUGGUGGAGUCUGUAUCCCUUUUUUGUAUUUUUAAUACAACAAUUGUAAAUAUUGGUUAUAUUUUUGUUGAAAAUGGUAGAAAUGUUUAUGCCUCAACAUCCAGUUUAUAUAAAGCUGGGAAUCAAUAAAUAUUACAAAAAUCA